CGACUAUUUAUAGUGUGGAGAUAGCAAUCCCGUCUCGGGCUAUUUUAGGGUUCAGGGUUCUCCUCUCUGCGGCGGCGGCGGCGGCUAUUUUCUCUCGCCUACUCCGAAGAUUUGGCUUUGGUUGAGCGGAGAAGGUCUAGAUCUUCCGUCGGGGAGUCGCCAUGAGCCGAUCGGGGCAGCCUCCGGAUCUGAAGAAGUACAUGGACAAGAAGCUCCAAAUCAAGCUGAAUGCGAACCGUGUUGUCAUUGGCACUCUUCGAGGAUUCGAUCAGUUUAUGAAUUUGGUCGUGGACAACACAGUGGAGGUCAAUGGAAACGAGAAGAAUGACAUAGGGAUGGUGGUUAUCAGGGGAAACAGUGUUGUGAUGAUUGAAGCCCUCGAACCUGUUCCCAAGCCGCAGUGAACUUUCAGCUCGCCUAGUUUGCUUCGGUACUUGAUUUGGACAUUUGGUAGUGCCAUGUCAAACCUAAUUGUUAUUCCAGAUGUUUAUGCCCGCGGGCAUUUUGUAUCCUGACCUGGUUUAUAUGCAAGCUCGUGCACCUUUGUAUAGUCUAGCCAGCGUUACGAUU